AUGAGUGAGAAGGCAGUGUCGGAUAUGUCGCUGGAGGACGCAACAAGUUGCGUGCCACCGGCUAGUGGGAACUGGGCUUCUGCGGAAACAAUUGUUGACGUCAGGAAUGGGACUGAGGGCAAAGACAACGGCACUGUACCUCCUCAGCAUCCCUCAAACGUACCGCUGAGUUCGGGGUUUCAACUGCGCUUUGACAGCAACAAGGCCGGUUUGGAGAAGGCCGACAAGGCCAGGACUGAGGCUAUCAUUGAAGAGGCAUCCAGGGGCACAAGCUACUACAUCAACGAGCGGCGCAAGGCGGAGUCACGGAAACUUCAUGUGUUGCAGCUCCAGCAGAAAGUGGCAGAGUUUGCACAGUACAUGGGCGGCGAAAAGAAUGCUGCGCGGCGAAGACAGUGGGAGCUCAAGGUUUCACAGGUGGAAAAAGAGCUGGAGGCUGGGAGGCAGUUUGGUAAUUACGUGCACGUGGACAUGGACAUGUUCUACGCCGCGGUGGAGAUGAAGAAGAACCCGUCGCUGGCGGAGGUGCCGCUCG